AGAUUCAGUUAUAAUCUCCACUAAGCGCUCUUUUAUCUUUCAAUUCAAUUCAAUCAUUUAAAAAAAAAAAAAAAAAAACAGACCCAUUUUCGGAAAAAUCAAGAAUGACCGGUGACUCGGCAACCGGAAAUACUCUCUCUUCAGGAUCCAUGGAGAUGAAGGAGAGACGAAAAUGGGGUGUUUCAGGCUCUGAUGUUGUGUCGCAUUUUGGCACAAGUGGAAUGUCUGUUGCUGCUGCAACUGGAAUCACUCAUCCUUUAGAUGUUCUGAAAGUUAGACUGCAGAUGCAACUUGUUGGCCAGAGAGGUCCAUUGGUCGGAAUGGGGAGGCUUUCUCUUCAAGUAGUUGAAAGCGAAGGACUGAGGUCCUUGUAUCUGGGACUGGUGCCUGCAUUGACGAGGUCAGUUCUUUAUGGUGGUCUCCGUUUAGGCUUAUAUGAACCAUCAAAAUAUCUAUGUGAAUUGGCUUUUGAGUCCACCAAUAUCUUGGUGAAGAUUGCAUCUGGAGCAUUCUCAGGGGCCGUUGCCACAGCACUGACCAAUCCCGCGGAAGUUUUGAAGGUACGGCUGCAAAUGAACACGAGAUCAAGCGUAGGACCAAUCCAUGAAAUGAGGAGAAUUGCUUCAGAAGAGGGAGUAAGAGCUCUUUGGAAGGGGGUUGGGCCUGCUAUGGCUAGAGCUGCCACUUUGACUGCAUCUCAGUUGGCCACAUAUGAUGAAUCCAAGCAGGCACUUAUAAAAUAUACUCCCCUGGAGGAAGGAUUUCAUCUUCAUCUCAUCUCAAGUACCAUAGCAGGGACCGUUAGCACGCUUAUGACAGCGCCAAUGGACAUGGUUAAAACCCGUCUUAUGUUGCAGAGAGAAUCAAGAGUUGCAGGAAUGUAUAGAAAUGGAUUGCACUGUGCAUAUCAGGUACUUCUCAGUGAAGGUCCUUCUGGUCUUUAUAAAGGAGGCCUCGCAAUAUUUGCAAGAUUGGCUCCACAAACCAUGAUUACAUUUGUACUGUGUGAGAAGCUUCGUGGGCUGGCUGGACUAAAGGCCAUUUGAUCUUUGGCCAUUUCAUCAUUUUCUUGUUUACAUUACCAUCUAUUUUCAGAUACUACUUUCCUCCAAAACCAGAUCCAACACAGAAAAAAAAAAAAAAAAACCGUUUUUGGAUUUGUACAACCUUUAUUUAUUUUGGUUGCUAUAGGCUGUAGAUUCCUCAACACUUGUGACUGAUAUACCAUCCAUUCUUUUGAGGUGGAAGGAAUAAAACGUUUUCCCUUCCACUUCUCGAUGUCCUCAUGCCUCAUGGUCUGGGGUCAUGUCGUAUCAAAAAUUUUACUUAUAAAUGUAACAAUAAAUUUAUCAAUGAAUUUAUUCUUGCCUC